CUUUGAGAUGUUUCCAUUAGUUGGAAAAACGAUCAUCUUUGAUAACUUUCCUGAUCCUUCUGAUACAUGGGAUAUCAUUGAGACAAUUGGCAAAGGAACUUACGGGAAAGUUUUCAAAGUUCUGAAUAAGAAAAAUGGCCAAAAAGCAGCUGUCAAAAUUCUGGAUCCAAUUCAUGAUAUUGAUGAAGAGAUUGAAGCUGAGUAUAGCAUCUUAAAAACACUUUCUGACCAUCCCAAUGUGGUCAAAUUCUAUGGGAUUUACUUUAAGAAGGACAAAAUAAGUGGAGACAAGCUAUGGCUGGUUCUGGAGCUUUGCAAUGGAGGAUCUGUGACUGAUCUUGUGAAAGGGUUUCUGAAGAGGGGUGAAAGAAUGAGCGAGCCUAUAAUUGCCUAUAUCUUACACGAGGCACUCAUGGGACUUCAGCACUUGCAUAACAACAAAACCAUCCACCGUGAUGUGAAGGGAAAUAACAUCCUGUUGACUACUGAAGGUGGAGUGAAGCUAGUAGACUUCGGUGUGUCUGCGCAGCUCAGCAGCACUCGGCACCGCCUGAACACGUCCGUAGGAACGCCAUUCUGGAUGGCUCCUGAGGUGAUUGCAUGUGAACAGCAAUUAGAUACCACUUAUGAUGCUAGAUGUGACACAUGGUCCCUGGGUAUCACCGCCAUUGAGCUGGGUGAUGGAGACCCUCCUCUAGCCGAGCUGCAUCCCAUGAGAGCACUCUUCAAAAUACCAAGGAAUCCGUCCCCCAAACUAAGGCAGCCUGAGCUAUGGUCAGCAGAGUUCAAUGACUUCAUUAGCAAAUGUUUGACCAAAGACUAUGAAAAGCGUCCAACGGUGUCAGAUCUGUUACAACAUAAAUUCAUUACUCAGAUCGAGGGCAAAGAUGUGAUGCUACAGAAACAGCUAAUGGAAUUCAUUGACAUUCAUCAGUGCAUGGGAAGCACGGAAAAGGCCAGGCAUGAACGUAUUCAUACCAAGAAAGGUAACUUGAACAGAUCCGUAAUUUCUGGUCUGAAGGAUGUAGAUGAUUUAGCAACCCUAGAUGUUUUGGAUGAGAGCACAGUGUCUGAGCACCUUGAGAAGUGCUAUUCCAGAGACCAGAUCUACAUCUAUGUGGGAGACAUGCUCAUUGCUCUCAACCCUUUCCAGAGCCUGGGUCUUUAUUCCACAAAGCUUUCUAAGUUGUAUAUUGGAGCAAAGAGAACGGCCAACCCCCCUCACAUUUUUGCAAUGGCUGACUUAGGAUACCAAUCUAUGAUCACUUAUAACUCAGACCAGUGCAUCGUUAUUUCUGGAGAAAGUGGUGCUGGGAAGACAGAGAGUGCUCAUCUUUUAGUUCAGCAGCUCACGGUACUUGGGAAGGCUAAUAACAGAACACUACAAGAGAAGAUUUUACAAGUGAACAACUUGGUCGAAGCCUUUGGCAAUGCCUGCACUAACAUAAAUGACAACUCCAGCCGAUUUGGAAAAUACUUAGAAAUGAAAUUUACCUCUUCUGGAGUUGUGGUGGGAGCACAGAUUUCUGAAUACCUUCUAGAAAAAUCCCGUGUCAUUCACCAAGCCAUUGGAGAAAAAAAUUUUCAUAUUUUUUACUACAUUUAUGCUGGUUUGGCUGAAAAGAAGAAACUGGCCCUUUAUAAACUGCCUGAAAAUAAGCCUCCAAGGUACCUCCAAAAUGACCACCUGCGAACAGUGCAGGACAUGAUGAACAACAGUUUCUACAAAUCCCAGUGUGAACGAAUUGAGCAGUGCUUCAAAGUCAUAGGUUUUACAAUGGAGCAACUUGGAAGUGUAUACAGCGUACUCGCCGCAAUCUUGAAUGUUGGAAACAUUGAAUUCUCUUCUGUGGCAACUGAAUUCCAGAUGGACAAGAGCUACGUCUACAAUCACACAGCUCUGGAGAACUCGGCUUCUUUGCUUUGCAUUCAGGCGGAUGAGCUGCAGGAGGCUCUCACCUCCCACUGUGUGGUCACUAGAGGAGAAACAAUUAUAAGACCCAACACUGUAGAAAAAGCUACUGACAUCAGAGAUGCCAUGGCUAAAACUUUAUAUGGCCGUCUCUUCAGUUGGAUAGUCAAUUGCAUUAACAAUUUGCUAAAGCAUGACACAUCGCCAAGCGGGGAUGAAGAGCUGAGCAUUGGCAUUCUUGAUAUAUUUGGCUUUGAAAAUUUCAAAAAAAAUUCCUUCGAGCAGCUGUGCAUUAACAUUGCAAAUGAACAGAUCCAAUAUUAUUUUAACCAACAUGUGUUUGCAUGGGAACAGAAUGAAUACCUAAAUGAAGAUGUGGAUGCUAGAGUUAUCGAGUAUGAAGACAACCGGCCGCUCUUAGAUCUGUUUCUGCAGAAACCAAUGGGAUUAUUGUCUCUGCUGGAUGAAGAAAGUAGAUUUCCCAAGGCCACUGACCAGACUCUGAUAGAAAAAUUUGAAGUUAACCUGAAAUCGCAGUACUUCUGGAGGCCCAAAAGAUUGGAGCUUAGUUUUGGAAUUCACCAUUAUGCAGGAAAAGUCCUUUACAGUGCAAGUGGCUUCUUGGCUAAAAACAGAGACACUCUUCCAACUGAUAUUGUGCUGCUUUUGAGGUCAUCAGAAAACAGUGUAAUACGGCAACUUGUCAAUCACCCUCUGACCAAAACAGGCAACCUGCCACUGUCUAAAACAAAAAAUAUAAUAAACUACCAAAUGAGGAGUUCAGAAAAAUCAGCCAACCUGAUGAAGGGUGAAAUUGGAGAUGCUACACGUCCUGCCUGUGAAACCACCAACAUGAAAACACAAACAGUUGCAUCAUAUUUCAGAUAUUCCCUGAUGGAUUUGUUAUCUAAAAUGGUGGCAGGCCAGCCUCAUUUUGUCCGUUGCAUCAAGCCAAAUAAUGAGCGCCAGGCAAGAAAAUAUGACAAAGAAAAAGUUCUGUUACAGCUUCGCUGCACAGGAAUUUUGGAAACAGCAAGAAUUCGAAGGCUGGGAUUCUCACAUCGGAUACUGUUUGCUAACUUUAUAAAGCGGUAUUAUGUCCUCUGCUACAACUGGAGCGAAGAGCCCCCAGUGAGCCCAGACACCUGCGCUACCAUUUUGGAAAAAGCUGGUCUUGAUAACUGGGCUCUUGGAAAAACAAAAGUGUUCCUUAAAUACUAUCACGUGGAACAGUUGAAUCUAAUGCGAAAGGAAGCCAUUGACAAGCUUGUUUUGAUUCAAGCCUGUGUUAGAGCAUUCUUGGGUUCAAGAAGAUACCAAAAAUUACAGCAAAAAAGGAAAGAAAGUGCUAUAAUAAUUCAAUCAGCUGCAAGAAGACAUCUAGUCAGAAAAACAGGAAAAGAAACUGCCAAUCUGAAAAACACAGCAGUGGCAACCAUUCAGACCCAAGACCAGGAAACUGACUACAAGAAAAAUUUUGACACUAAAAGGGAGUCUUUUGUGAAGAAACAGACAGAAAAUGCAGUGUUUGCUAAUGAAUCCAACAUUUCAUCUCCAAACAAUAAAGGGAGCCCAUCCAUAGGGAAGACUUCCACAGCUUUGAAUAAAGCCACUAAUGGUGUUGAGAGCAACAACAGGUGUCAAACUCAGAAGAAAGUGAGUAAUGUGUACAGAGAAGAGCCUCAUCAAGAACUGUUCAUUGUAGGAGACCCUUGGGAAGAAGUGAGCUCCAUGCAGAAGUAUACACAGGACCUGGAAGAAAGCAGGAAGACAGGGAAACAUGAGAAAGGGGACCCUGUGAUCCAGAGCUACUAUCAGUGGUACACAGAACAAAGGAACUGUGAAGAAUCAAAAGCAACAUGUCUAGAAGGGAAGGAAAUAUGGGAAAUGCCCAGCUGCCCAGGACUGUGGAUAGCUGAGAAGGAGCUUUACUGGAGGAAAACUUUGGAACCUUGUCUUAGCCAUAGGCCAGUUUAUCAAAAUACAACUAGCAAAGAAAAAGAAAAGAAGUCCUCUGUGGUUACCCAGAAUACAGAGAUGUGCAAUCAGGAGAGAGGUCAUCACCUGCCCGGGGUGGCAGAGGAGAAGCACACUGGGUCAGGGAUUCAGGCCCAGGAAGAGGAGAAGGCUGCUGUGUUCACUCAGAGAAAAUACCAAGGUUUCAAUCAAAGACAGCAAUUGAGGAAGGACAGACUACUGCCUUCCUUUAAGAAUCAAAAGAUUAUUGUGUCGCCAACAGAAGUAGCAAGAAACACUCACCAUGUCUAUUCCUGUCCCACAAAACAUAAGGAAACCCAACACAUCAAGAUGGAUGACAGAGACUCAAAAGCAACUUCAGAAAAAGAAGCAUGUGAUUUGGCAAUUUUUUCAAAACAGAUAUCCAAGUUAUCUGAAGAAUAUUUCAUUCUACAGAAAAAAUUGAAUGAAAUGAUUUUGUCCCAGCAACUGAAGCCACUUUAUCUCGGAGUCUGUCCUUAUAAGCCAAUUAACAGGCGGGUUUCUUCUCAGCAACACCUCUCAGGUGUCUCUAAAGGAGAAGAGCCAAAAAUAGUGAGACCUCCAAGACGACCCCGGAAACCCAAAACACUAAAUGACCCUGAAGACUCAACGUAUUAUUAUUUACUCCAUAAGUCAAUCCAAGAAGAAAAGCAGAAACCAAGGAAAGACAGUCAAGGAAAAUUAUUAGAUUUAGAAGAUUUCUAUUAUAAGGAAUUUUUACCCACUCCUUCUGGGCCAAAGGACCAUAACUCUAAUUUAAGAGAACGAAGACCAGAGCAGGGACUCCAGGAUCAGCACAUCAAGGCUAAUGAAAGGUGCUGGACCAGAGCGGAGAGCCCGGAGGAGGAGGAAAGCCGGCGGGCAACCAACCCCUAUGACUACCGGAGGCUCCUGCGCAAAACCUCCCAGCGCCGGCGCCUUGUGCAGCAAUCAUAGUUCACCUUCAGAG